UUGGUUCUUCCGUUUUCUUCUCGCCGUAUCAAUGGCGGUCCUGCACCUUGAGGUACAGGGCGCUGGGAGGAAGAGGAAGCGCCGUGUAGAAAGAAGGCUUCUCGUUGAUGAAAAAGUAGAGAUAAGGAGUUUGGAAGAUGGCUUUCUUGGUUCUUGGCAUGUUGGGACUAUUAUUACAUGUAGCAAUGGAGUUCGUCAUGUUAUGUACGAUCAUCUUCUUUGUAAUGAUGGUUCUGGUUUGCUUGUUGAUGCUAUUUCCGUUUCUGCUAAUUUAGAUGAGGUUAAUUCCUUGAGUGGGAAUACAAAUGUUCGAGGAUAUAUAAGGCCAAUACCACCUAUGGUUGAGUUUGGAAAGUGGGGUUUGCCAUAUGGACAGUGUGUUGAUGUGAAUUACCAGGAUGCGUGGUGGGAAGGUGUUGUUUUUGAUCACGAAGAUGGUUCUGAAGAGAGAAGAAUUUUCUUUCCAGAUUUGGGGGAUGAGUUGACUGUUGGAAUUGGAACGUUGCGUAUUACGCAGGAUUGGAACGAGGCUACCGGGGAUUGGCAGAGACGUGGGACUUGGUCGUUUCUUGAGUUAAUGGAUCAAUGUGAGCAGGAAUCCUAUCUUCCAGUUUCUUUGAAGCAAAUAUGGUAUGAAGUACGGGCAAAAGAAGAUUUCAUGAAGAUUGGUGAGUGGACUUCUCCUAUGAAUGAUUUGUGGAAGGAGUUGGUGAUGGAGGUCAUUGACGAAAAUUUAGAUAUUACUCUAAAGGAAAUGCUUCGGGUGUUCGAAAUUUCUUCAAGUGUAAGAUGUGAGUUUGGAAAAACUAAUGACUGUGUCAACAAGAAUCCUUCUAUCAAUUUUGUUGACUUUGAUACAACUGCAGUUACUGGGGAAUCUAUAAAAAGUGAUAUGAUGGUUAAGGAUGAUUUCAAUCAGGAAAAUGCAUUUGAUGCUCUGGGAGAAGUGCACACACAUGAUAGUUUGGAUGCGGAGUUGCUAGAUUCUGGUCCAAAUUCUAUUGAUUUUCAUCUAUCUCAAGAAAAAUCUCAACUAGAUGAUGAUAUCGAAUCAAAAACUUCAAAUGAUUUAGAUUUUUCCUGCCAUGAUGAAGCAUUGUCUGUGCUGCCUAGAGGAUCAUCAACCAUAGCUUCUGAUUCUGAGGCAUUUUCUGGUGCUAGUGGUUCCAUUAGCUGUCAGCAACCACCAAUUAUCAAGCAUAAAAAUGUAAAUAAACAGCUGAAAUGUUUGGGACGUGGGAGGUCUGUUAAUUGGGAAACUCUCAGUGCAACGAUUCCUCUUGAUGCUGCAUCAUGCCCUGAUGCUGUUAAGGAAUAUUCAAUUUGGGGCAAAGAAAAGGCUACACAAGCUUUGGCUGAAAAUGCAUGGAAGCAUCUUUUACAUCUUGGCUGGGAAAUUGAAUGCAGGACAGAUAAGCCUACUUUUAGAUAUACCUCCCCUGAUGGAAAGUGUUUCUAUUCUCUUCUUCAGGUGUGCAAUCUCUUGGAGGAACACUCCGUUGAGAUCCCUCCAUCUGUUUCCGGAAAUGAAAGGAGAAUCAUGCAUGACUCAUGUCAUGUGAUACUCUCAUCUAGUGCCCUUGAACAGAGAGAAAAGAGUUCAAGUCCCAACAACUGCUUUCCGACUACUCUCGACAGUUCUGGUGUUGUCCUAGGACAACCUGAACUUUUGCAUAAAGCUGUCAUGCACUACAAUAAACGCUUUCCGACUACUCUCGACAGUUCUGGUGUUGUCUUAGGACAACCUGAACUUUUGCAUAAAGCCGUCAUGGACUACCAUAACCGCUUUCCGACUACUCCCGACAGUUCUGGUGUUGUCUUAGAACAACCUGAACUUUUGCAUAAAGCUGUCAUGGACUACCAUAACCUGAGUCAGUUAGGAAGAAAUGGAGCCAAGGAUGUGCUUAAAAUGCAAUCAGAAGCAAGGAGGCAUCUAUUAUCUUUGGGAUGGCAUAUGCUUGUCAAACAGAAAGGUAAAGGAGACAGGCAAAGAUGGUGCUACACUUCACCUCUAGGCAGAAGUUGUAUGACACUUUCAACCGCCUGCAAGAUCUGUUUAGAUGAAGAGGGUGUCUACAAUCGUACCGACUCUCCUGUUAGAAGUAUGGAAAAUGUAUUCAUUAUACAGAAGGCUGCGGGUCAGUUAGUUAGUAAUAAAAUUUACUCUGCACCAAGUAAUAUGGAUGUACAGGAAUGCUCGAUGCCUUCAAAUUCAAUUAGAACAUGUUGUGGAGAGUCUCCUAGAAUAUCUCCACCCAAAGGUUUCGAGGAAUUUGGUCAAGAUAAAUUUCAAAGAACUAAAAAACCCAGGAGCAUGGCUAAUUUAUUUUGUUUUUCACCUCACUUAGCUCAAAGCCAACAUAAUUUAGAUGGUAAAGCAUGUGAAUCAGGCAUCCAGACAGUAUGCAAAAAGUAUUUGAGGUCCACAAGAAGUCCUGGAGCAGUUAAGCAAAAAUUGAACAGAGAAAGUGUACGUGCGAGUAUCAAUAAAUUUUCAGUUGACAUAGAACAUAGGAGGUCUAUGCGGGUGUCACGCUCAAGCAAAAGAGUUCAUGAGGUGGUCACUCCAAGUCCUUCACACCACAACCCUAGAACAGUACUCUUCUGGUUGAUAGACAACAAUAUGGUGUUGCCCAGGGCAAAGGUUUAUUACUGUAGAGGGAAGGGCCUUCAACCAAUGGCUGAAGGAAGGAUAUCUCGUGAUGGGAUCAAAUGCUGCUGCUGUCAGAAGGUAUUUACUAUCAAUGGUUUCGGAAUACACGCUGGCGGUAUUUCAUCUCGAUCGGCUGCAAAUAUACUGCUGGAAGAUGGAAAAUCUUUGUUAGAGUGCCAGAUACUAUGCAAUAAAAAGACCUCGAACUUUAUGAGCGAAGCAUUUGAUUGUAUGAAAGGUGGCUAUUCUAAAGGUGAGAAUGACUAUAUCUGUUCAAUUUGUCACUUUGGAGGCACAUUAAUUUUAUGUGAUCAGUGUCCAUCAUCAUUCCACCAAAGCUGCCUGGGUUUACAGGACAUUCCUGAAGGUGAUUGGUUUUGUCCAUCGUGUUGUUGUGGCAUUUGUGGCCAGAACAAUUUGAGUAAAGAUGCCAAUGUUGCUGAUGACCCUUCCCUCACUUGUUAUCAAUGUGAACGUAAAUAUCAUGUUGAAUGCCUAAGGGAGACCAAAAAGUUUGGAAUCCGUUCCAACACUUAUUGGUUUUGUAACAAACAAUGUAAAGUGAUAUAUUGUGGUCUCCAGCAGCUAUUGGGAAAAUCAAUUCCAGUGUGUGGUGACAAUCUAACCUGGUCACUACUAAAGGCCACAACCUCUGAUACUGAUUAUUUCAAUUCCCCUCACCUUGAGACCUUGACAGAAACCCAGAGCAAGCUCAAUGUUGCUCUCUCUGUGAUGCAUGAAUGUUUCAAACCAGUUAGGGAACAUCACACGAGGAGAGACAUUGCAGAGGACGUCAUCUUUAGCAGAAGUUCAGAGCUUAAGCGGUUGAACUUUCAAGGUUUCUAUACAGUCCUUUUAGAACGAAACGAUGAAUUAGUUAGUGUCGCUGCUAUAAGGAUCUAUGGAGAGAAGGUCGCAGAAGUUCCACUCGUUGGCACUCGUUUUCAGUAUCGCCGACUCGGCAUGUGUCGUAUUUUGAUGAACGAGCUCGAAGAGAGGCUGAGAGGACUGGGAGUUCAGAGGCUGAUCUUACCAGCUGUUUCUAGUGUGCUCCAUACAUGGACUACUUCAUUUGGAUUUUCAAAGAUGACUGAUUCCGAGAGAUUAGAGUUUCUUAAUUACACUUUCCUGGAUUUCCAGGAAACUGUAAUGUGCCAGAAACUCUUGCAGAAGAACACAGUUGGGUCUAGCUCAUUAUCAGGGAAGUCCCAAAUUCACGAUGAUGCCAACGAGAACAGCAACGGUUCUGAUGAGAUUUGAAGAUACAGUGUGAGAACUGAACUUUCAUCCAACGACGCAUGCUGAGAAGAGGAGUAUCUUGAGUCAAGUACAAGAGGAGUACGUCCUCACCCCUCUCAAACUAAUCUUACAAGAAUGGAAAAUGGAAUUAAACUGCAUCGACCACUGGUUAUUUGUGUUGCAAAAUAAGUGUUCUAGAGCUCUGUGAUGCAAAUAUAUCAGUGUUCUUCAAUUUGAUCUUUUACAAGACAAUCAUGGAUCAUAUACGUAAUUUGAUGUGAUUGGUUGAAGAGUUGUGGGGGAAACAUGUUGACUGAUUGUUCUUCCCCUUCUUAGGGGAAGCUAAAGAAAACCAUCUUCAAAACAAUACAAGCCACAACAAGAAAUAUCCGACGUGCUCAACCAGUCUACGUCGUGAUUAUUUCGACUACAGGCAGAGAAGAAUUGUGCUAUGACGCUCCGAACAGUGAAGAAUGGGAAGGUGCAUAUAACCCAUUUUCUAGAAUUAGUUAGAAUAGUUAGCAAGGGAUUCAGGAUUUUGUGUUUCUGUUCUCUUGUACAGAAUAAUUGCAGGAGAGAAUUAGGAAGAAGCUCGUUUUCUAGGAUGAGGUAUUGUAAAUUUUGAUGAUGGCUGAAAUU